AUGGUCAGGAACUUGACGCGAAUCCUACUAAUGGUUAAGACGGACGCCGAGACUGUGUUGACCGCAUCCGAGACACAGGCCGUGGCGUAUGAGAUGUGCUGUCGAGCGGCCAACAUAUGCCGCGCGAGUGAAUCCCUGUUGAAACUCAUUUGGGAUAUCAAACAGUUUCUCAUAAUCAAUGACUUUCCGCUAAUCAACGAAUCCAUAUCCAAGAAAGUGGACACUAAUCUCAUCAAC